UCUGACGUCAUAGUUCAAAGGGUAAACGCUACGGAAACUGCCUCCACAUGAGAAUAGUGGUUAGGUUAAUUUCAGAUGUGCUUUUAGAUUAAUACCGACGUGUAUCGACAUGGGGAAGCGUAAGAAGCGCAAUAGUAACAACUGUGGGGAGGUGGCUGACAAAACAGCAAAGCAGCCCAGUGCGAAGAAACGGGAUGGUGAAGCUAAAAGAGACGCCAACCAAGGGGACCACCUUGAGCACAUCCCCUUCAAGCUGCAGGAGCUCUUGAAGAGCAAGGAGAGGAUGGAAAAUAGCUCUUUGACAGCAAAAAAAAAACGAGACAUUUUCGUUCUUCAUAGGAAACCAGAGAAGUCCACGGUCGACGACAUUGCCAUCCCACGUUUCAAGCGAGGGAAGCGGGAAAGUGAGCUUCAGUUCAAUCAACGCAUGGAGAUGGAGUCAAAGCACGUCCUCUUCCUCACCAACAAUCAGGUGGAGAGGAAACCCGAGCUAAAUGAAGACAAACAGGAGAAGCCUGCCAAUGGUGGAAAGUCAGACAAAAUGAAAGCGUACGACAAACUGAAAUUACAGAAACGACAGCGGAAAAAGUUGGAGCGACAGGAGGUCCGAAUGGAAAAGGAAAUGUUCCAAGAUGACAUUGCUUUUGGCGAGGUUUCAACAGAGCCGCCUUCACUAACCAGCAAACCCAAGAAAGCGCUCAUCAAGCCUGGGACAGCUAAGGAGGUCCUCCUCAACUCGCUCCUCGGCCACACAGCCACGCCUACGUCCGAGUCGUCUAUGGCCCGCCGGAGGAUGAUGGAGGAGGAAAGGCGGCGGGCGGUGCUGGCCUAUCGCCAGCUGAAGAAACAGCAGCAGCAGGAGGCCAGCAGCAGGAGGCCAGCAGCAGGAGGCCAGCAGCAGGAGGCCAGCAGCAGGAGGCCAGCAGCAGGAGGCCAGCAGCAGGAGGCCAGCACCAGCGGUCUUGGUCCUGACAUUGUCGGCGGGUCGUGGGGCAAGGCUGCAGUUGCAGCGCAACCUGGAGGCAAACGACGAUAACACUCACGAGACAGGCCGGCCCAUUUGCCUCCUGGCUUUAUGCCCACCCAACAACCAUCAAGGCCGACUUCCCUCGCCAAAGAGGCCACUUUAUAGCCACUCUUGAACAAAUGAACCUGUGUAGUUCUCCACUCAAAGUUAAUCCUCUGUCAGUUUCUCUUUUCACUAGGUGGAGGUUGUGGCAUUUCGCGUCUAUUGCAAAAGAAACAACAAAUUUGUCUUGAAGUGAGAAGCAGCUGCUCACAUAGAUACAAAACGUUCUAGCUUGUAUCUUGGGCCGAAUAUUUGUACGGCGCUCCCUUGAGAUAGGAGUACUCCCGACCAAUUCGUUAGAAUGCAAUUUUCAUUCUGGGAUGUGGAAGUGAACGCGAAAACUGAAUCUAAGUUUUUUUGUCUGUCUUUCUCCAACAUAGCAAAAGAACCAAGCUGCCUUUGAGAUGUCGAUUUUUUCAUCGUAUUUAGUAAUGCAGGUUGUGUUAUGUGUAAAUCUUAUCCUUAAAAAAAUAAAAGAAGAACGUGAA